GACGAGACGACAAGAGCGAGAGCGUGAAGUUGACGUGAGUUUUCCGUCUUUGAUCGGACGCCGACGCACGGACGCGGUCGCUCGGUCACCCGGCCCCUCGGUCGGUGAAGCGGCCGCCACUCCCACCCGUUUGCCGGGGCCCGGGGCCGGAGGACCGGGGACGGCGCGCGAGAGCUUCUCGUGGGCAGACGGGCCGCGUGCGGGGAAGAAAGAUGCCUCUGGAUCGUGAGAGCAAGGAGCUGCUGUGGAAAACGCUCAUCAACCUGGGGCACGACGACUUCAAGGCCUUCAAAUUCCACACGCACCUGCCCAAGUGCCUCGAUGGAAACGCCAAACAGGUGGACAUCGUCAACCAGCUGGAGAAGAAGCAUGGCAAGAACGCCGUGCAGGAGACCAUCGAGAUUCUGGAGAAGAUCCAGAACCACAACCUGGCCCAGAAGCUGCGCGACGACGUGUCGCGACUAAAAGAGCGUGACCGCAAGCGCGGCAGGAGCAACGCGGCGGCGGCGAGGCGGAGGAGGCCCACCGAGCUGCGGAGAACCAGUAGCAUCUUCUCCGUCGACAACCAUCUCAUCGGCCAGUACCAGCGGGCGCUGCAGGAGAACCUGCGCGGGAGCUACGUCAACGCUCCGGAGGGCAGCGCGGAGCUCAGCGAGCAGCGGCCUCUGGAGGACGUCUACAUGGAGCUCAACAUCGCCUACGGCGCCGACGUGGCCCCCAACAAGCAGCACGAGGUCCUUCAGAUGGAGACGUGCGGCGCGGCCACCGAGUCCAUCGCGCCGCGCGACAUCUUCCGCAGCGCCGGCGGGAGGCCGCGGCCGGUGCGCACGCUGCUCACCGUCGGCUUCGCGGGGAUCGGCAAAACCUUCCUGGUGCGCAAGUUUGUGCUGGACUGGGCCAGCGGCAAAAGCAACCGGGACGUGCACCUGCUGUUUCCCUUCACCUUCCGCGAGAUGAACUUGGAAAAGGGCAAGCGGUUCUCCCUGGCGAGGCUCAUCCGCCACUUCAUCUGGGAGAGCAAGCCCAUGAGCGUGGAGAUGCUGGAUCUGAUCUUUGUGCACCUGCAAGCGUCCGGCAAGCGCGACUUUGAAAGCAGCGGGAUCAAGGUCUUGUUCGUGCUGGACGGGCUGGACGAGUGCCGCCUCAAGCUGGACCUCGGCGGCGGCGCCGGCGGCCAGGCCCCGCCGGCGCCGGACCUGGACGUGACCGAGGCCUACCCCCUGGAAGUGCUCCUGGCGCACCUCAUCAAGAGGAACCUGCUCCCCUGCGCCCGGGUUUGGAUCACCUCGCGCCCCGUCGGGGUCCACGACAUCCCGGCGGACCUCUUCGACAGCAAGACGGAGGUGAAAGGGUUCAGCGACGCCCAGAGGCUGGACUACUUCCGCAAGAGGUUCCCGGGCGGGGAGGGGGAGGAGGUCAUCAGGCACAUCCAGAAAUGUCGCACCAUCUUCAUCAUGUGCCACAUGCCCAUCUUCUGCUGGAUCGCCAGCGUGGUUCUUCAGGGCCACUUGGACGCGGGCGAGCGGGGCGAGCUGCCCGACAGCCUGACGCAGAUGUACACCGAGUUCCUGCUCUACCACCUGGACAAGUCCGAGGAGCGGCGGCUGAAGGAGAGCAUCAAGGACGUCAAAGCGCUGGCCAAGCUGGCCUUUCGGCAACUGAUGAAAAAACACCAGAGCUUCUCCGAGAGCGACCUGCGCGGCAGCGGCUUGGACUACCGGCGGGCCGCGGCGCGCUCGGGCAUGUUCGCCGAGAUACGGCCGCUCAAGCGCGACCGGGACGGCAAGAUGUUCCAGUUCAUCCACCUGACCGUCCAGGAGUACCUGGCCGCCCUGUACGCGAUGAUGAGCCUCUUCCAGGACAAGAAGAACGUCCUGGCCGACUCGGAGGCGUCGCUGGAAGCUCUCCUGUCGCUGUGCAAGCGCAAGCCCGUGGCUCAGGUCCACGAGGCGGCCAUCCGCAAAGCCGCCGCCAGCGAGGGCAACCUGGACCUGUUCCUGCGCUUCCUGCUGGGCCUCUCCUUGCCGUGCAACCAGAGGCUCCUGGGCCAACUGCUGAAGGCCCCCCGGGACCCGGACGGGGACGCCCGCUCCCAAACGGUCCUCCUGAUCAAGAGACGCAUCGAGCGCAACUCUCCGGAGCGGAACAUCAACUUGUUCUACUGCCUCAACGAGCUGCGGGACGACUCCCUGCUGGAGCAGAUCCAACGCUACCUGGCUUCAGGACGGCUGUCCUCGGAAUCUCUGCCGCUGGACAUGUGGUCGGCCCUGGUCUUCUUCUUGCUCACCUCCGACGAAGCCAUGCGUCGCUUCGACCUCAAGCGCUACUCUGCGUCGCACGUGGGGCUGAAGAUGCUGCUGCCGGUGGUCAAGGCUUCUCAAGAAUCGGCGCUGGACCACUGCAAUCUGCACGAGGACAGCUGUCGGGUGCUGGCCUCCGUUCUGGGCUCGCCGUCCAACCUGAGGGAGCUGGACCUCAGCGACAACGACUUGCGCGACCGCGGGGCGGAGCUCCUCUCGGUCGGACUGGCCAAGCCUCACUGCAUCUUGCAAGUCCUCAGGCUGUCGGGCUGCCUGGUGGCCGCGGCGGGAUGCGCGGCGCUGGCCGAGGCUCUCAAGCGCAACCCCGGCCACCUGCGAGCGCUGGACCUGAGCUACAAUGACCCGGGAGAGGAAGGAAAGAGGCUCUUGACGGAGGUCCGAACGCAUCCCGGCUCCGGCCUGAAGACUCUCAACCUGGACGGCGGCGGCAAAGAGCGUCUGGUUCCCGGCCUCCUGAAAUAUUUGUGCCGACCCGCGUUGGACCCCGACACGGCUCACAAAUGUCUCCGGCUCUCGGAUGGCGGCGAGACGGCGACGGUGACGCUGGAGGAGCGGCGCUACCCCCCGAGCGAGCAGAGGUUCACUUGCUGGCGGCAGGUUCUUUGCCGGAGCGGGCUGAGCGGACGCUGCUACUGGGAGGCGCGCGUGGAGGGGAAGGUCUACGUGGGCGUGACCUACCAGAGCAUCCGGCGGAUCGGAGAGGGCGACGACGUGUGUCUGGGAGCCGACGACGCGUCCUGGGCGCUGCUGUGCGACAACGGCACCUACUCGGUGCGCCACCGGGACAGGACGCUGGACCUCCCGGCCAGUACGCGGGCCUCCGGAAGGCUGGGCGUGUUUCUGGACCAUCCCCGCGGCACGCUGUCCUUCUACGAGGUCACUCCGGAGGGGCCGACGCUCCUCCACACCUACCGGGCCGCCUUCACGCAGCCGCUUUACCCGGCCUUCGGGUUCGGCUACGACAACGGAUUUGACGGCUUGGGGGACUUUGUGUCGCUCGGCGGGGCGGGCGCGCCCAUGUCGACCCGCUUCUAAGCCACGAGGGGUGACGGGGCGGGGCCGGCGCGGGGCCGGCGCGGGGCGCCCCCUCGGCUCGCCAUCCGACGGGAAACGCGCGAGGUCGGCGUCGGCUUCAAAACGCCGAUUCUAACGUGGCACCUCUUAAAAUAAAUGCUUUGCUCCACCUUGGCCGAGGACUCGACACGAAGUUCCGCGUCGUUGAGGUGUGCCGCUCUCUUUCCGCUUUUUGUGCU